AUUGGUCCAAGUCAAAGAUGGCGCCGUCCGCGUAAUUGUAAAAACAUUAUGAAGAAAACGUAACUAAAGCAUUUAAGGGGUUGCGUAGAACAGAAGACGUUUCGCGAUUUCCCUUCACAUUUUACUACGAUUUUCCAGAUUACAACAUGCCUGCCUUCCGACAAGUGGGAGAGAAGCAGCUUCCCAACCCUGUCCUGUGUAUGGCAUGGUCUCCCAAAAGAGAUCUUAUUGCUCUGGCCAACACAACAGGAGAGUUGUUACUACAUCGCUUGGCUAGUUUCCAGCGUGUAUGGAGUUUACCUCCCAGUGAGUACACGGGAAAGGACAUCACUGCUCUGGCCUGGAGACCUGAUGGCAAAAUACUGGCCUUUAGUCUUGGAGACACUAAGCAGGUGGUCCUGUGUGGUGUUGAGAAAGCAGAGAUCCUCCAUGUGUUCCCGAUAGAGACCCCUGUGACUUGCAUGCACUGGAUGGAGGUGAUGGAAGAGAACAGUGCCCUCAGCUCCUUCUACAACUCAGAGGACGAAUCCAAACUUUUUCUCCCAAAAUUACCAACACUUCCUAAGAGUUACAGCACAACAUCAAAGAUAUUCAGUGAGGAAAAGUCUGAUGAGAUAAUGAAUCUCCUGGGAGAAGUCAGGCUGAACAUACUUGCUCUUGGAGGAGACACCGGCUUUGUGGAGCUGUACGCUUACGGGAUGUAUAAGAUCGCUGCCUUAACAGGGGUUUCAGGAACCUGUCGCAGCCUGAGUCUCUCGAGUGAUCUUAAGUCUCUGUCCAUCAUCGCAGAGGUCAGGUCUGCUGAUAAUGACCCAGAGAUCUGUUAUAGUCAGCUGGAUACAGGGUUGCUGUCUGACUGUCUGCCAGAGGUCACCAGGAUGGCACGCAAAUUUACCCACAUCUCCACUCUGCUGCAGUACCUGCACCUCUCACUUACAUGCAUGUGUGAAGCCUGGGAGGACAUCCUCAUGCAGAUGGAUCUCCGACUCACUAAGUUUGUUCAGGAAAAGAAUACAAGCACUCAAGUUCAAGAUGAGUUUCUGGAGCUUCUGCUGUGGGGACAAUCAAGCCCUGAACUCCAAGCUCUUCUCAUGAACCAGUUGACUGUGAAGGGCCUGAAGAAGCUUGGCCAAUCCAUUGAGUCAUCUUACUCCAGCAUCCAGAAGCUCGUCAUCAGCCACCUUCAGAGCGGCUCUGAAGCUCUGUUGUAUCACCUCAGUGAAGUCAAAGGCAUGUCCCUCUGGAAGCAAAAGUUUGAGCCUCUCGGUCUGGAUUCGACAGCUAUAGAAGGUGCAAUUACAGCUGUGGGAUCCUUUUCUCUGAAAGCCAAUGAACUUCUGCAGGUGAUUGAUAAGAGCAUGAAAAACUUUAAAGCCUUUUUUCGGUGGCUGUACGUAGCUAUGCUCAGAAUGUGUGAGGAACAUGUGCCACCAGAACUCAACAAGAUGACUCAGAAGGACAUAUCCUUUGUUGCUGACUUCCUGUCUGAGCAUUUCAGUGAGAAUGAAGAACUGUUUGAUCGCAAAGGGAAAUACUUCAAUGUAGAACGAGUCGGGCAGUACCUGAAAGAUGAGGAUGAGGACCUUGUUUCUCCACCGAACAAUAAGGGAAACCAGUGGCUGAAGUUUUUACAAGAAAGCUCACACCUAAAAGAGAGCCCUUUGCUUUUUCCUGCAUAUCCUCAAAAGUCAUUGCACUUUGUCAAGAGGAUGAUGGAGGGCGUCAUCGAGCAGUGUCUACAGAAACCUGCAGAAGUAAUUGGGAAGUCUGUGAAGCAGGCUGUCUUUUUGCCCCUUUAUACUGUGCCUGAAAGCUCUGAAAACACUCCUCGACUUUUUGAGCUUCCAUCUUUGUGGAAUGACAAGAAGGCCAAAAUGCACUAUGUUGUUUUCAGCAUGCCAGAAAUUUCACCCUGCAAGCUCUACUUAUUACGCAGAGCGACAGACCCAAACAGACACAUCCCCAACAGUGUGAUGGCAAUUGACCUCAGUCAAACCCUUGACAAUGUGGACGAGAACAACGCUGCAGCACAGCCUCAUUUGGCAUAUAGUUGCCUGGAUGCUCGUUUCUAUGACGAUGAAAUGUUAACUGUGGUCUUGCAAGGCCCAGAAGAAGAACACAGUGGGCGAGUCCUGGGUCAGCUCCCUCUAGCUUCUACACUUAGCUGUGAGACUGAAUUCAUCUGGAAGCCAAACCAGAGGUUGGACCAACAAAGUGACGCCAUCCCGAGCCAAGGCCUGGUGUUGGGUAAUCAGUGGCGGGAACUAGAGAACAUGAAGGCUCAGUUCAUAGCUGUAAAUGGAAUCCGCAAGGUGGCCUGUGUGCUAAGUUCCAAUCUGAGGCACAUACGGGUUUUUGAGAUGGACGUUGAAGAUGAGGAUGAGGAGGGAGCUGAGUCUCAGAAUGCCACUGCUGACCAGGAUGUGCUGGACACCACCAUGUCCAGCCAGGGACAGGACGAGGACGGAAAGGAAGUGAAGGAACAGGUUGAAGCUGCGGAGCAUGGAGGAGAUGAGUUUCAAAAAACUGAGGACAAUCUGGAGUCAGAAGAAGCGCUGGAGCUCUCAUAAUUCAGAGACACAACUUAAUAAUGGACAGACCUCUAUUUGUUAAUUUUUUGUAUAACAUACUAAAAAAGUACAUCUGCUUGGGUAUGAAAAUAAAGAUGUUCAUUCUUGUAAUA